ACUUCUUUCUUAACUGUGUCCUCUGCAACACACACAAGAAUCACAACAGAUAGAUAUAUUACAUUUACAUAUAGAGAUAGAGAGAGAGAGAGAGAGUCACAUUGAAAAUUGUAGAGAGAGAGAGAGAGAAAGAAAAACCCUUUUGACUAUUAAGCCCCCUUUUCACAUUGGACUGUAGUGGUGUGAUCGGUUAUCUCUGUUGUAAUCAACCCCAAAAAUCAGAUCUUUUUUCUUUUCCCGAUUCAGAUUCGAAUACCCAAUUGCGUUUCUCUUUCUGGGUUUUAUUUUUUUUCUCAUAAAGUUUCAUUUUUACAAACUGGGUUUCUCAUAGAUUAGCCUAAUUAUGUUGACUUCAACACUUUUGUUACUUCUGAACUAAUAUGGAACUGUUCAUAAUUCAACCAAAACAAAGACAACAUCAUCAACAACAAUAAUAAUACCAAUAACAUGUCGUUUUACAUUGGUCGUGAGGCUUCAAAGUUAUGGAAGAGAAUUUGUUCUGAGACAACUAUUGAGCUAAGCCUUCUUGCAGAGAAUUGGAAGUACCUUCUAGCUGGUCUUGUUUGUCAGUACAUACAUGGUUUAGCUGCCCGAGGAGUUCAUUAUUUUCAUAAGCCUGGUCCUAUUCUGCAAGAUGUUGGAUUCUUCCUUCUUCCGGAGCUCGGGCAAGAAAAAACAUACAUCAGUGAAACACUGUUCACCACUAUCUUCAUUUCCUUUGCCUUGUGGACAUUUCAUCCUUUCAUAUUGAAGAGUAGAAAGAUCUACACAGUUCUUAUAUGGUGUAGGGUUCUAGCAUUCUUAUUCGCUUCUCAAAUUCUUCGCAUAAUCACAUUUUAUUCUACACAACUUCCUGGUCCAAAUUACCAUUGCCGUGAGGGUUCUAAACUUGCCACAUUGCCCCGUCCAGAUAACAUUCUUGAAGUUCUCGUGAUUAACUUUCCACAUGGCGUGUUAUAUGGAUGUGGUGAUUUAAUAUUUUCGUCACACAUGAUCUUCACUCUUACUUUUGUACGUACAUAUCAGAAAUAUGGUGCUCGAAGAUCCAUAAAGCAGCUUGGGUGGCUGCUUGCCGUGAUUCAAAGUCUUUUGAUAGUUGCAUCUCGCAAACAUUACACGGUUGACGUAGUUGUUGCCUGGUACACGGUUAAUUUGGUGGUAUUUUUUGUUGACAAGAAAUUGCCAGAAUUACCGGACCGUUCGAUCGCAGCUGCAGCAACCCUGCUACCAUUGAGCAGCAAAGACGGUAGGACCAAAGAGGAGAACUACAAGCUAUUGAAUGGGAAUUCUGGUGACCCUGCGGAUCGGAGACAAAGAUCUCAAAUAAACGGCAAGAUCACGGAUGACGGCAAUACACACCAUACCGACUCUACCUUGAAUGGUGUAUAGAUAAAGAAGUUUCCUCCACUGUACAAAAUUGGAUCUGCUUCAAUAUUGCUGUUAGAAUGCUUCAAUUAGUUCUCAAAUCUCAAAGUCAAACUAGUAUCAAGAUCUUAUUAGUGAAACUUGAAUCUAGGUUGUGCUUUUUCAACAUUGUGCAGCUAUGAUUCAUUAUAUAAUCCAACAUCAGCAUGUGCCUUUCAUAUUCAUCUUAUCAAUGUUGAAAUCAUGUGCAUAGCUUCUUUUUUUUACCAUGGUUUUAUCUACUUGCAUUACAUAGUAACCUAAUCAUGUUCAGCAUUAUGUAAUAAUAUAGGCAUAUAAUGUAAAGAAGAGGUUAAAGCUAAAUGCAACAAUCGAGCUCUUUUUUCUUUACAA